AUGGUAAAGACAAAAAAAAGGAGGAAAGCAACCCCCAACUGGGCUCCGGCCCAGCAACAGGCCGGCCCAGCUGCGGCCCAGCACCACUCCCCUUAUCCCCUUGUCGGUGGAACCCUAUCCACCCCGUCGCCCCCCUACUACCCCACCCCCCUCUCUCCCUCGCUCCUCCCCCCCCGACCCGAUCUAGAUCGGGGCAGCCGGCGCCCCCGUCCCCCGACGCGCUCGCUGUCCCCGUCGCCAACGCCGCCACUCGACGCCCACCCCCAGCGCCGCCCCGCCUUCCUCCACUCCUUCCCCACUCUGUGCUGGAUCCGGGCGAUCCCUAUCGCCCCUGACCCCGACCCCGCCUCUCCCGCGCUGGCGCUGACCAGCGCCUCCCAUCGCCGCCCGACGGCGACGGCCUUCCCCGACGCGCCCGACCCGCCGGCCAUGGAGGCCCCGUGCGCCCGCAGCUUCACCUCAAGCAGGACCGCCCCGCCGCUCGACGCCUGGAACCGAACCACCCCGCCGCCCCGGUCGCUGGAUCCUCGCCGCCCGGAGCUCGACGUGCCUCCGCCUUCGACGGACUGCCUCCUCCUCGUCACCGUCGCCCCCGACCUCGCUGCCUCAAGCACCACCAUGAGCCGCUGCCAUCCCCUUCUGGCUCACUGUGAGCCCCGCGCCCUCCUCUUUCCCCUGUGCUCCGGCCUCCCCCCCCCUAGCUCGUUCGCCACUUUCGUCGGCGCCGUCCCCCCCCCCCCCGCUGCGCCCAGCGCGUGCUUGUACGCGCUCCCGCGCGCUGGCCGCGCCCAGCGCCUCACCCCGCUGAGGCCUCUCCGCCGCGCCCUGGCGCCGCCCCGCCGUGGCCUCACCGCUGUCGCCUCCGGCGGCCGGCCUCGCCGUGCCCUGCUGUCGCCGGUGCCCCUCUGGUGGCCACGGGCCUGCGUGCCCGCACCCGCGCCCAAAACCACUAUGGCCCCCUGGGGCCUAUGA